GCUCUCUCUCCCUUUCUUUCUCUCUCGUAGACACACAUAGACAAACUACAUUUGAUGUAGAGGAGGAAAGAGAUGUUCAGACAUCCGUUUUCACAGCUGUCUUGUAACAACCUAUUUUAAACAUCAACAUGGACUUCGACUACCAGCGCUUAAAAGAUGUUGAAAGCAGGCGACAGGAGCAAAUCAGCUGCCUGCCUAUCCAACCCCAAAAGCUUGUACCACACCAGCAUUCUGCUCAAGACCUGCCCACCCGGCAGACUCCUCCAAUCAAACCCAGGCGGAGCUUAAAGGUCCCCAAAACCCCUCGGGAGGAGGUGGCGGCGCUACCAGCCAAACCAACCAAUGGCCAGGAGAAUGAGACAGUAGUGAAGAGGAUGUCUCCUGCUCUGACUCUGGGUGGCCCCGGGCCCCUGAAGCCCUUGUCUCUGUCCCUUCGGGCCCACACCCUGCUGUGGUUCGAGAGGACGCAGCUCCCCCGCCUGCGUCAGCCUGGCCACCCCCUGCCCCGCUGGCUACAUGGCUUCGCCACGCGCAGGGAGGCAGAGGAGCUUCUGAAGGACAAACAGCAGGGCCGUUUUCUGAUCAGGCUCAGUGAGUCAAAGAUUGGUUUUGUACUCUCGUACAGAGGAAAGGAUAGAUGCCGCCAUUUCAUCAUAGAGGAAGAAGAGGGUGGCAGAGGGGCAUGUUACCUCAUCGCUGGGGAGGAGAGUCGCCAUAGAAGCCUGCAGGAGCUGGUCAGCCACUACACCCAGAAUCCCGUGGGGACCUUCAACGAGAUUCUCAACACGCCCUGUGACGAGUUCAGUGAAAGUUUUGAGGGUACAGUUAAACUGGGGUUGCAGGAUGAAGGUGGAGAGACAACUGCACCCUCGGCUCCUGACACUGUCCAAGUUCAAGAGAUAUUGGCUAGCUCAGCCCCUACAGACGACGGGAUGCCAGAGUAUGCUGUGGUCAGGAAGGUGCUCAAGAAGUCCUGUUCUCUACCAGAAAGCCAGUUUAGGGAACUGAUGGAGGUGACAAAUCUGAUCGCCCCCAACCCAGAUGUGACAAAAACUGGUGUCAGCUGUGUAGGAGCAUGUGGGAGGGGUGAUGACGACACCGAAGCACUGUACGCCCAGGUCAACAAGCCACCAAGCAUGCUUUCCCAGGCAGAGAUAACUCCCAAAGUCAAUGUGGGCAAUCCACCAGGCCAGAGGGGGGUGGCAGCAUCCUCCGUUCUGCUCACGAGCAGUGGCUCCACAGAGGACCCGGGUUACUGGAAGCUGGAGCCCCUGCACACCUAUGAGAAAACCCCUCAUCUGGCCCAACACGAAGAAGAAGAGGCAAAGGAACACAUCGACUUCUACGCUAUGGGGCGUUGGCGGGAUGCCGAGAGGAGCGCAGGCGGGCAAGAACCCCAGCAUCACCUCUAUUCAGAGCUGAACCUAAGGAGAGAGGCCCCUAGUUUUGUUCCCCUUCCAGCCAGGACAGUCCCCAACCGGCCUUUACGACCGCCUCGCAGGGCCAUUACUUGCCCCCCUCAAUCAGACGGAAGUGUGCAGCAAUGUGGUGAUGCCAUCUAUUCUUCCCCAUCCCGACCUGGGGUCUUUCUGCCACCUCUUUCAGAACGACCUUUGACUGAUGACCCAGGCACUAGCAUAUACGAACAGAUCCCAGCGAGGCCAACCAGCUCAAAGCCUUCACUGCCUCCACCCAAACCCUGACCACUCUUUACUAAGACACUAUCAUACAACUCCUUGUAAACCUUAAUGACAACCCUAUAAAUCAAACUAUAAACCCUAA